AUGGGGAAAGAGAGGCACAGGCCUGGUAGACACGGUGGGUGGAGGGAUACAGUUAAUCGUUGGGAAGCUAUUAACUUCGGACUGGAAUGCCCCAUAGCGCCUCAUUUCGUUCAAUGCAAAUUUACACCCGACGUCGACCACCUAACGGGCCUCCCUCCACCUCUUUCUCUCCGAAAACCACGUGUAUACCGGGUGUUACUUCCUGUCCUUCUGGGACGUAGACCGUCAUCUCGAGUGCACAGUCCUGAAGAGUUUGACGAAGAUUGGAUAGCUUCGGAGACUCCAGUCUGGAUAACUUGUUUUAAUGCUAUUCAAGUUCAUACUUUUAGCCUCUUUGUAGGAUAUUCCCAUAUAGACCCUAGAACUGGGUCUCUGGGAAUAGUACUUUCUUCGAAUAUUGGGAAACUCCAACCUACCGAUUCUCCAAUCUUCGAAAUAAAAAAUCUGUUAAUUAACGAGACUGGCACGCAACUAGUAUUAUGGGGUAAUCUAGGUCUAAUAAUCAUGGAACUUCCCAAACGUUGGGGCAAGGAUAGCAUGUUUCAAGGUGGAAAGGAAGAGAUACUCUGCGUAGUUUACAACGAAACGAUGGAUAUUCGGAAGGCAAGGUGGCAUCCAGGAUCCACGAAUGAUUCUCAUUUGUUAGUUCUGACUUCAGAAAAUACAUUUCGUUUAUACGAAUGCGAAUUUGGUAGCAGACCAAGAAUCAUAAAAAGCUGGAAAGUUGGUCGUGUACCAUUUAGUUCACCGUCAAAGAUACCAGACUUCACCUCUUUAGGCGACACCGCAGUAGAUUUCGAUUUCGCUACACCCACCCUCCGUAACCCGGAAAUGUUCGUCAAUAAAGACAUUAAUAAGGAUAACGUGGUUGAUUGGAAUCAAAUCGAAUGGCCCAUUCUGGUUCUCCGUGGAAAUGGGGAGGUGCUCAUCGUUCGUGGCAAUAUUUUGCAUGAUGCUCAUGAAAACCCAGUGGUAUCGGGAUCACUCUCUAUGUACCCUCCAGCCGACGACAAUUACGGAAUAGACUCCUGUUCCAUCAUGUGCUUGCAAACUACUCCUCCGAUGGUAAUCAUCGCAAUGUGUACUGGGAAAAUUUACCAUGCGAUUCUGCUGAAAGAAGAUUUAGUCGAUAACCACAACGAUAAUGAGAUACAGUAUGAUUCCACAUAUAGUCUUUACAAGCGAGAAGAAGCAUUAUACGUUUACGAAUGCGUUGAAAUAGAGCUUGGUCUCUUUUUCACGGAUAACGAUGAAAAAUAUAAUUGUCCGAUACACCUUCGAUGUGAUAGGGGUAACAAAUCAAGGUAUUUUUGUUCUCACAAUGCUGGGAUCCACAUGAUCACUCUUCCCAUGGUUUCUGAAUUAGAAGAGUACAUCAAUGCACCCAAAGAAAACGACGCCGUUCGUCUACCAUCACUUUCGAAUCAAUCCAGUUCACAAUACUUAAUUUGUAGAAGAACUAAGCACACGGAAGCGAACGAAGCUACACCAAUCCUUGGAUUCGGACUUCUUCAGGAACCAUGUGUCUUAAUUGCUUUAUUACAUACCGGAGAUAUCGUUGCCCGUUCUGUUAUCGAUCUGUAUUACUUUCCAAAGGUUGAACCUCCAGAGCCUAUAAUCGACAAGAAGAAAAAAGUUAACAAGGAGGAAUUCGAUGUGUAUAUAAAAAAGUUAUUGAAACGUGAAACAUCGCAACCCCUUAUCAAAAUUAACUCAAAAUCUGUAUCUCCUCGGGAAUGUUUGCAGUUUUUAUAUCACGCAAUAGACAUCUUUCGCAAAGAACACUUUGUUAAACACGACACAGUAAGAGAAGAAAUUGGCAAGAAAGUACGUGCGUUGAAGGUAAUGAAAACUCACUUACUAAAAGAGCUGGAUACUUUAAUGGAGACAAAGAAAGAAUUACAUCAGACGGCUGAACGGUUGGCUGAACGCUACGAAGAUAUUAAAGAUGAACAAGAGAAAUUAGCACAGAGAGCAAAGGAAGUAUUACGGUUAGUGAAUUAUAAGGAACCAUCUAUGACUCCUAUUGAAAGAGCAGAAGCAGAGGAAUUAAGAAAAAUGGAAAUAAGAAUUGAGGAAAUGAAAAUCAAACUAUUAGAACUGAAGAAAAAAUCAGAACAAUCUGGUCACAUAGAGAAUAAUGAAAACCUUGAAAAGAAGAAAGAAAUUGUUUUUAGGGGCGAUCAAGAAAAAACCAUAAAAAAUAACAUUACACAGACAUCAAAGAUUAUAAAAGACUUAAUUACAGAGGUUAAAAAACUAGAGGAGGAACCACAUUAUUGGCAUAAUUGGCAUAAUUGGCAUAAAGAAUACUUCCAAUAA